CUGCGUUUUCUUUGCACGGUGAUUAAAGGACGGACCAAUCGCAACAAAGGAUAGGAAGAGCACAGUAGCUCCACCUCUCGCGGGCUGUCUCGGGCUGUUCUCUAGAUGUAUAUAAUCCUUGGGUUGACCCAGAAAACAAUCUCCGGUGCUGAGGCAGAAGCUUGCUGCUUCUGAGUGGUUAAAUUCCCUGGAAUACGAGCAGAAAAGAGUUUCGUUUAUCUUUAACGUCUCCGUUGGAAGUAAAUCAGAGAAUCCACGGCUUCGGAAAAACAUUAUCAACUCACCCUCGGAAUACAAGCAUUCUCUGAAACUUUAAAAGGAGCCAUGGCUGACCACAUGAUGAUGCCCAUGACCCACGGCUCAGGCGGCCUGCACGGCUACCGCAUGGGCAUCAACGGCGCCCCCCAGCACGGCCCACCCUCCAGCCUGAGGACCCUGCCCAAUGGGCAGGUCAUGCACUAUGGCCGCCCCCCUCAGAGCGCCAUGGAUGUGGGCAUGCGGCCUGGGCCUGGCAUGGUAGGCGGCGGCAUGAAUGGACAGGUGAACGGCGGCGGCCCCAUGGGCGGCGGGCAUCACCACCCCAUGCAGGGCCCUGGCAUGAUGUACGGCGGGCAGAGCCAACACCACCAGCAGCAGAUGCAGCAGCAGCAGCAGCAGCACCAGCAGCAGCAGCAGCACCAUCACAGCAUGCAUCCACAGGGCCAGCAUCCGCAACAGUACAUGAACGCACAGGGCCUCACCCCGUCCCAGCAGCUGAUGGCCAGCAUGCACCUCCAGAAGCUCAACAACCAGUACCACGGCCACCCGCUCGGACCCAUGAACGGGAACCACAUGGGUGGGAACGGGGUCCAGUACCGCAUGGGCCCGGCGCAGCUGGCCAGCAUGCAGCACAUGGCGGGGCCGGCGCUGGGCCUGAACGUGAUGGACACGGACCUGAUCGACGAGGAGGUUCUGACGUCGCUGGUCAUGGAGCUCGGACUGGACCGCGUUCAGGAGCUCCCAGAGCUCUUCCUGGGACAGAACGAGUUUGACUUCUUCUCGGACUUUGUGUGCAAACAGCAGCCGAGCACGGUCAGCUGUUGAGCUGUGUCCGGCACUGUCCAGCAGGUGACGAUCAUCCUGGUGUUUUUUUUUUUCGUUGUUGUUGCUGUUUUUUUGUUGUCCUUUUUGAAGGGGGCCUGGUCGCCAAGGCAACGGUACCAGCACCACCACCACCACCACCACUGCACAAGUAGAGAAGGAUGCUGUCUCUCUCUCUCUCUCUCUAAAGGGCCUGUGUGUACUGUAUGUGUGUGUCCGUGAUGAAGACAUGUUACACCACACACACACCACCUUGUGUAGAGCAUCCAAGUGUGUGUGUGUGUGUGAGUGAACUUUGUUUUUGAGAGAGCGCAAACAAAAGGAGGGAGAGGGUCUUUUGUCUUUGAAUCCUUCUGACCCACCUUGGGGACUGCCUCUCCUCGCUAUAGGAGUCCUCGACCGAGCUGGCCUCGGUUGGGGGCACUUGGAUUGCGAGGUCGGCCAGCCCUGCCUUGUCCCCAUUUGCCCCAUGUCUUGCCCCCUUGGUGCCCCACCCACCCCCAGGGGUGGGUCAGUGCCAUCGCCUGAUCUCCACACGAAUGAAUGUAGACUCUCUUAUCAUCGGAGGCAUAGAGGCCGCCAAGAACAAUGCGUGAAAAAAGGACACUUGUCUGUCUGGCUGCUUCGCCGCCUCCACCCCCUGGACUAGUAGAUUCUAUGGCAUUUAGAAAUGUAUUUAUUUAUGAAUCCCACCAAAUAGUGGACACUUUGUGAUGAUGAAUGGGUCUGUUUUUGGGGUAUUGAAGGCAGGCACUUCAAUAAGCGAGUCCAACCAUGCCUCCCAUUUCUUUAAACCCGGUGUAGGUUCAUGAUUUGGGCUCGGGUUUGGUCUGGUUUGAUGUGGUAGUGUGUGUGUUUGGGGUUUAGCUGUGAUGGUGUCACAUGAGUUGCGACAAAUGAUACACUGUUAUGUUCUAUGACCAUUGUUUUCUCUCAAUAGUACGACUUUAAAGGUGAUUCCAAAAUGACACGUUCUAUUUUAAGUUAAAAACAAAGAAAAGAGGAAAAAAAGCAAAAGCAUUCAGCUCAAUGCAAUAUAUCACAUGUUCAUAAUGUUGUUGUUUAUUUUUUCUCUUCGACUGGUAACUGAAUUAAACCAAAUCAAAUCAC